GUGUUGUUCUUUGAGUUCUUAGCAGUGCAGUAGUUCUUUGGACUUUGUUGGAACCAAAGAAUGGCUUGCAGCGCCGACGACUUGGCCCCUUUGCUGGGGAUCAACGGCACAGGCGCCGCCACCUACAUCUGCAACCAGCUCUCCGACGCCGGCCACGCCAUCGACAGCACCUACCUGCUCUUCUCCGCCUACCUGGUCUUCGCCAUGCAGCUCGGCUUUGCCAUGCUCUGCGCGGGUUCUGUGCGCGCCAAGAACACCAUGAACAUUAUGCUCACCAACGUCCUCGACGCCGCCGCCGGCGGCCUCUUCUACUACCUCUUCGGGUUCGCCUUCGCCUUCGGCUCGCCCUCCAAUCGCUUCAUCGGCAAGCAUUUCUUCGGUCUCAAGAACAUGCCGGAGUCCGUGUACGGCUACGACUACUCCUUCUUCCUUUUCCAGUGGGCCUUUGCCAUCGCCGCCGCCGGCAUCACCUCCGGCUCCAUUGCUGAGCGCACGCAGUUCCCAGCCUACCUUAUCUACUCCUCCUUCCUCACUGGCUUCGUCUACCCUGUUCUCUCCCACUGGUACUGGUCCGGUGACGGAUGGGCGGCAGCUGCCGCGAGCCCCGGCAAAUCUCUCUUGUUCAAGUCCGGGGUGAUCGACUUCGCCGGAUCCGGAGUGGUUCACAUGGUCGGAGGGAUCGCCGGUUUCUGGGGCGCGCUCAUCGAGGGACCCCGCAUCGGGCGGUUCGACCAUGCCGGCCGCACAGUGGCGCUGCGCGGCCACUCCGCCUCCUUGGUGGUGCUCGGCUCGUUCCUCCUCUGGUUCGGGUGGUUCGGCUUCAACCCGGGCUCCUUCCUCAGCAUCUUCAAGUCGUACGGUCCUAGCGGCAGCAUCCACGGCCAGUGGUCGGCCGUCGGCCGCACCGCGGUCACCACCACCCUCGCCGGCUGCGCCGCCGCUCUGACCACUCUGUUCGGGAAGCGCCUCCAGAACGGGCACUGGAACGUGGUCGACGUCUGCAACGGCCUCCUCGGUGGCUUCGCGGCCAUCACCUCCGGGUGCUCCGUCGUCGACCCGUGGGCGGCCAUCAUCUGCGGCUUCGUCUCCGCCUGGGUCCUCAUCGGCCUCAACGCGCUCGCCGCCCGUUUCAAGUACGACGACCCGCUGGAGGCGGCGCAGCUCCACGGCGGGUGCGGCACCUGGGGGAUCCUCUUCACCGCCCUCUUCGCGCGGAAGAAGUACGUGAACGAGGUGUACCCGGGGCACGACAACCGCCCCUACGGCCUCUUCAUGGGCGGCGGCGGGCGACUGCUCGGUGCGCACAUCGUGGCCAUCCUGGUCAACAUCGCGUGGACCAGCGCCACCAUGGCGCCCCUCUUCUACGUUCUCAACAAGCUCCGCCUACUGAGGAUCACGGCGGAGGAAGAGCUGCAAGGCAUGGACCUCACCCGCCACGGCGGCUUCGCCUACGUCUACCAUGACGAGGAUUCCACCGCCCCACACCUCGCCACCUUCCAGCUCAAGUCCGCCACCAACCGUGUCGACUCAGCAGCCACGCCGGAGGCUUAAAGCUUAUUAGGAGUUACCGUUGUAUCGUAUGUGCAUAAGCUCUAAUUAUAAUGUUUGGACGAUGGUUGUGCUCUUCCUUGGUCUUCAGUUUGUUUUGUUAUGGUAUUUGUGAAUCGACAAACUGCAGCACACUUCCUGCACUAUGUCGUUAUACACAUCAAUCAAGCAUAGUCGAGAUUUUUCAA